AUGAGAAGAUACGGCAAUUUUCCCGUGGGUUCCCUUUUGGUUGUAGAAUCAAUCCAAUCCGUAAUCUAUACAAAUGAUCGGGAUCAACUAAGGAACAAUUCAAACGUGGUCGUAUGCGUUGGAAUGUCAUCAUCAUGCUCCCAUAUGCCAAGUGCGGCAUCAGAGAAGAAGCGACUACGAAGCUGGUAUGCAGUGAUCGCCGACAAAUGUGCAUUUCCAAGAACAGACAGCUAUGCUGUCACUGCGGCAACAAUGGGAGCAACGCACUGCUCAGAGUGCCCUCCUGAGAAAAGAAUGUCUCGUUUGGCUCUACAGAUGUGCUGUUCACGAUGCAGUUCUUUUUUAUGUUUAACACAUAUGAAGAAGCACUUGCGGGAGCAUCGACAUGAUUUUGCUAUGUCGAUUGAGACGGGUUACGUUUAUUGUGCUUGUUGUUCGGAUUUCGUUUACAAUCGAGUGCUGGAGGUCAUGCGCCUGGGUGCGAUGAAUAAGUACAGAACUCGGUUAGGAUUAUGUAAAUUGGUAUCCUGGAACCCUACUGAUGCCGACAUCAAAGCAUGGGACAUGAUGACCCGUGUUGGUCAACCUGCUCUUAUAGAGCUUCGUGGAUUAUUGAACAUGGGCUCAACAUGUUACAUGAAUAGUGUACUGCAAGCCCUUGUUCACACACCAGUGCUGAGAGACUAUUUUCUAUCCGAUCAACAUAGCUGUCAGCGAGCACCCGGAACAUGCUUGAUGUGUACAAUGCAUCAGUUAAUGCAGGAUUUUCAUCGUGGUGACUCAUCCGAUCCCGUUGCACCUUCGGAUGUGCUGCAUAUUGUCUGGGAGCAAUCUCAGAUGAGUAUGGGUGGUCAACAGGAUGCUCAUGAGUUUUUCCUUGCAGUACACGAUCUUCUGCAUCGGCACUACAAUGCUCCAUUUUCGUCAUCGCCAAUAACAGAAACUGAUGGGUGCAAAUGCAUCGUUCAUCAAACAUUCACUGGAAAACUUCGUUCCGAUAUCAUUUGCAAUAAAUGCUCAUCUGUAUCUUCAUCAACCCAGCCAUUUCUUGAUGUUUCUCUUAUAGUGCCGCCCAGCUCUUCUAGCGAUCAAAUUAGUAUCAAAACCUGCUUAGAGAUGUUUUGUGCAAGGGAAGACCUAGAUAGAAACUGCGAACGUUGCGGUUGUUUGCGAGCAACUCGACGAAUGAGCUUUAAAGUUCUGCCAUCUGUGAUUGUGUUUCACCUUAAACGCUUCAGCCCAUCGGCUACUGGCAAAAAUAGCACAGUUGUUUGGUUCGAGCUCGAGUCGGAUAUGUCACCCUUUACGUCAGCAUUUCUUGAUAAUCCUUCUUUGUUUGAUCCACGUACAUCGGCCGGAAUGAUUAGUCACAAAAAUCACUCGUACUCGUUGUUUGCUAUUGUAACGCAUAUCGGUGAUUCGUCUGGUGCUGGCCAUUACAUUAGUUAUGUUCGACGAAAUCAGAAUAAGUGGUAUCGUUGCGACGACCACCAGAUCAAGGAGGUGCACUAUGGUGAUGUGAUUCAUAUCGUUCAUUGCAUUAGUGUGACGGCAAUAUUCGCGAAAUCUCAGCUUACCCAACGUUUUAUCUGCCUCGUUUCUACUUGA